AUCAAGAUAAAGAAUUUCACAGCGAAACCGUCAUUUCUAAAGUUGGCCGUCCUUUCUGACCUGCUGCCCCAAGACUGGACAGAUGAUCAGAGUCUUCCUCCUCCUCCUCGGCCUGGUGAGCUCGGGCCUGACAGCCGUCAUCAGCACCACCCCUCUCAUCCUUACUACUAUGCCAAACACAUGCGAGCACCGGGGCAUAUACUACAAGAUUGGACAGCAUUUCAGUCCAACACCGUGUGAGAGGUGUUUCUGUGGAACUUCCGGUCAAGCAGUCUGCGCAUACAUGGACUGCGCACUUGCCUUGUGUGUUGAUGCUGUGAAACAACCAGAUCAGUGCUGUUCAACCUGUCCAAAUGGCUGGAACUGCAAGCACGGUGACGUCACCAUCAAGAUGGGCGAUGUUUAUCACCCUGACCCUGCGACUUCGUGUCAGUGCAACAAUGGUCCAUCCCACAUGGGAUUCGGGAACAUGGUCCUUAAGGCAGAAUGCACCUCGGUGUGAAUAAAUAUAGAUUUGUAUCACUUUUAA